AUUCUUCAGUUUGAUUCGAAACAGUUUGGUUGUUGCCGCCGGUCGCUUUUUGGUUUUGGCCAAGUGAAUGUCGUUCGAUUGCCACCAAGACGAUAUCGUCAAGUCGUUGAUUUGUAAGUGCCUCUCCCUCUUCUCUCUCUCUCUAUCUCUCUCUGCCGUUGAUCGGAGCAAGUGCGUCGGGUUCGGUUUGUUCGUUUGUUACGGGAAUUUCGUUUGUUUUUUCGUAUGCAAAGAGCGUAAUUUUGCAUUACCGUUGUUGUUUCGGUCGUCAUAAAAAGUGUCCGCGUCUCCGUCUCCCCACCAACCCCUGACGACCCCACGCCUCUUCUGGAGUGGAAAAUUUCACUUUGCUUCGAAAGCAAGUUUGCAUGGAUUAUUGCUUGUGUGGCCCCACUGUGCCGGGGGUGCUGCACUGCACUGCAGUGCACUCGUUUCGCCAACCGACAGCCAUAGGAGCACCCAUCCAUCUAAAUAGUUACUAACCGAGUAUAGCAUUGAGAUUCUGCUGACCUCCGGCAAUAAGUAGAAACUACCAUAAAAUGCAUAGGAAUUGUGCAUGGCAUGGAGAGAAGCCCCUCAAGUUAAUUAAAAGUUAUUAAUUUUUGUAUAAUUAGCCAAGCCAAGGUCAUUGGCUGAUAAAACGCGAAAGUUUCUAGAGGUAAAAGACCAAGCAACAGAAAAGAGAAAAAUCAGUGACAGCCGCACAGACAAAUCAAAUAAACGAAACGAAAAAUCACAUAAACAAUUGCAAACCAACCCACAAACAACAACAACAACAAAAAGAAGAAACAAAACGAACCUCCGCAAAGAUACAUACAUAUAUUAUGUGGCUCGUGUUUAUAUAGCAAAGACAGAUUCAAGGUGAAUGCUGCCAUUAUUUUUUGACAGAGUGCUCGAGAGCAACAAGUGAAAAUUUAUUGGGAUUUUUUGCAAGUUCGCGUGCUGCCAAAAGAGUGAAUAAUACAAAAAAUAGAUUAAAGAAACGGUGCCAAAAGCAUCGAAAAAUAAAUAAAAAAUUCCAUUAAAAAGUACAUCAAUUUGAAAUCAAUUUUAAGAUAGAGAAUAAAUUAAUAAAUGAAAGGAUAAUUUGGAUAAGUAGAAAUUAAUCAAAGAAGAAUGUGUAGGGUCUCGUCUCUCAGUUUAAUCUAAAAAUCUCUGUAUUCCAUAUUUGCGACCAAUUAAAUAUUCCAUUCCAUUCCAUUCAAAUAUCUAUUAGAACGAGUCCAUUGACAUUGGAGCAUCAUUAGGCCUCUCCAUAUACCAUAUACAGAACUUAGCCUACUCACACACAAUUCUAGUUAUACAUACAUAUACAGAGAAGAGGCAAAGCAGCCUUGAACCCUUCCUUACAUUAAGAUCCACAAACAAAUCGCAUUAUUAUUAAAUAUAUCUUAACGGUAUUCCCAAAACACAACGCUCGCUCCGCGAAAUGAUUCCAAAAACCCGUCCGAGAGCCCCAGCCUGCCCAAAAACAAUUUCUCGCUCUUGACUAAAUUCGGCUUUGGAGCCAUCAAUUAAAAAAAACAUACAAUAACAAAAUGCAAAUACCGAACAACAGAUAACUUAACGAUAAUUUACAAAAGCGCUUAUAAAAAGCUUCAACAAAAAGUUACAAAAAUAUUGCAAAUUACAAAUACAACAACAACAUUUUGGAUACAUUUUUGAGUUGAAAGCGAGAAACAAUGUCUGGCAAAGUGAAGCGACCGACGCUGUCAGCGUCGGUGCCCCUCUGCCAUAGCUUCUUCUACUUCUUCCCCGGCGGCACCAUCAUCUGGCUAUGUCUCUGCCUCUGCCUCGUCUUCUGCAGCGUCAGCGCACAAGAUACUUCCAGCUAUUAUUUCCCAUCACAAAAGCGAUUUGUGCCAUCUUCUGGUGCCUUUCCCCGACAGCAGCAGCAGUCGCUGGGUAACUUCCGCGGCAGCUCCGGAGGAUUCUCCCCAGCUCCGGGCUCCUACCAGGAGCAGCUCCUAUUCAUAGCCAAUGAGAAUGGCGCCAAACAGGUGCCGGCCGCUGCUGGCAGUUCGCCUUUCGGAUCGCCAUUUGGCGGCACCUCACAGUUUGCGAAAUCGCCACCGAAUCGCCAGUCGGACUAUUACGAUAUCUCGCCACGCCCCUUCGGAGUGCCCGCCGGGGCAGCAGCAGCAGCAGCGGCAGGCGGAGUUGGUGCAACGUCCGCGUCGUCGUCCACGGGACUGACCAACGGCUUCACACGCUCCAGGGCGAUACGCAACGGCAGCGUCGGCUCAGGGAACAGGCUGAGCGGCGGCUUUCAGCCCCAGACGCAGCGCAUCAAUGUGCCUCACCAGAAGACGCAGUUUCUGGCCCACUUCAGGGAGAGCGCCAAGCGUCCGACGUCCAGCAAACGUCCCUUUGGCAACAGCGGUGGGUUCUCGCCCACACGCACGCGCACACAGUCUCAGGCAACAGUCUCGUCCCUUUCCGAGUCUCCGGCCACCCCAGCGCCAAGUCCGUACAGGCCACGCAAUCGCUACCAGCCCGGCAGCUCCACAGCCCCAACCACAUCCACGACCGUGAGCAGCAAGCGGUACAAUCGCUUUGGCAGCAACCGCUCCAAGGCGACGUCUACGACCACGACCACGCAGAACACACCCGCGGAUCGGCCCAGCUUCGGACGCAAGUCGCCCAAUCCCCGGCGGCCUGUGUUCAUCAGUCGAGAGGUCAACGAGCCGCUGGCCGCGACCAGCAAGCGCCCUCUCAACUACAACAGCGACAGCAGGCUGAAGCUGACACGCCCCACGGCCCGCACCACCAGCACCACUGAGAGCGCAGAGCAGGAGGAAGAGGAUGAGGCCCAGCAGGAGCAGGAGCUGGAAGAAGAGGUAGACAGCGGAGAGCAGUACGAGCAGGAGUCUGGGGAACGGCCAGAAGAUCACUCUGAGUCGUCCAGUUUGGAGAAGCUGCCGCUCCAGGAGGAGGGAGAGGUAACCCCAGUGAUAGUCACCCAGAACGAAGCUGCCAUCCCCGAGACGGUUACCCAAAAUGAGGAGGAUGCGGACCCGUCCAGCACCAGCAGCACCGAAGAGUCCCAGACCGAUUCGUCGGAGACCACAAGCUCCAGUGAAGGCACCACCACCCUGCCCGCCAGUAAUGACUAUGAGUACGCAGAGGAUGAGGAAAAGGAAAAGGAGAAGGCUACCACACCUAUGCCUCUGGAGAGUGAAUCCACCGAAGAGAUUCUGGUGGAGGGCACCACGGAAAUGCCAGUGCCAGAGAGCAUUCCCAAGCAGGAGCAGGAUCCUGUUAUUCCCAGGCAGGUGGAAGCAGCCACUCCUAAGCAGGAGGAUCCUCAUUCUCCCACCCCCAAUGAUAAGGCCAAGCAGGAGGAAGAAUCCGAGUCAUCCGAUUACGAUGACGAAGAGGGUCUCGGCGAGGGCGAGGAGUACGAGUACGAGGAUGAGGAAACGGGCGAGGCAGAACCCGAGGAUUCCACCAGUGAGACAGAAACGCAGCACUCUAGCUCCAGCUCUAGGCCAACGACCAGCAGCGAGCACGAGGAAGAGCGCGAGGUCAUCUCCGUGGUGACCACCAAGAGCGUGGUCAAUGGCUCAACAGUGCUUCCGGCUCCGGUAACGCCGAGUAUACCCCCGGAUGAGGGCAAGCCAGAAGAGGUCCAGACAGAGGAGGAGUUCACAGAUCCAGAUCUUCAAAAAAAAAACCUGCCCGCGAACGGGGACACUGCCAAUGCCACCGAGAACUAUGUCGUAGUGGCAUCGAUACUGCCAAGCCGGAGCAUCAACGGAGCCCGCUUUCUGCCCUUCCCGGCCAUCGAGCAGGAGGAGACCAAGCAGAUGCUCUCCGAGCUGGAGCGCAAGGUGCACUCCAAGCAGCAGCAGCAGCAGCCCCCACAGAAGCAGCCGGAGAGCAGCGAGGAGCCGAGCACUUCCACCUCGUCCACAUCCACAGCCCCGCCACUGGCCGCCUCCACAGAAAGCAUCAUCGAUAAACUGGACCGUGUGCAGUCGGAGCUGUCCAGCGGCCUGCUGUCCGGGAAGUAUCCGAUCAUUAGCCAAAUGGAUUCCUCCACACCAGCCACGAGCACCACACUGGGAUCCGGAUCCGGGUUAGGUCCAUUUGCGCCGCACAUCAGGAAGUUCCAACGAAAGACCACGCCGGCUCCGAGCAACACGAGCAGUGGCAGCAGUCGGGUCAAGGUGCAGCACUUUGACGAGAGCGAAAUGGAUGAGCUGGCCGGACUCCUGCCUGUCGGAUUCAAGCCGAAGUCGAGCUACAAGAACCGAAAGAUCACAACCACCACCUCUAAGACAGAAGCGCCCGCCGUGGAGCCGCCUAGGAAGCCAGGACGCAACAGCACCAUCAGUCGGUCCUUCAAGAACGGUCAGGUCACAGUACAGGAUGUGGCGUUGGCGGGUCUGCUGCCCAAGGGCUACAAGCCACCCAGGACAACAGCUAAAACCACCAGCACGACAACGACGACGACCAGUCCGGACGAGGGCAGCAGCAGCUCCAGUCUGGAGAGUCUCUUCAGUGGCGUCAAGUUCGAGGACAACAUCUCCAAGUUCCUGCCACCCGGCUUCAAGCUGAACAGCACCACCGUUGCGACGACCACGCCCCGAUCCCAUCCCGUGGCCGUGCCUUUCGAUGAUCUGAGCAAGUUCUUGCCUCCUGGCUACAAAGCGCCCGCCAAGGAGAAGGCCGACGCCAUCCCCAAGCUGCCCGAAGGUGUGAAACCCAUCAAAAUAGAGGAUCUGAGCGCUCUCCUACCGCCUGGCUUCAAGCUGAACGAGACCGCCAAGGCGGACACUUCGAGCGACGAGGAUCUGCUGCCCUCUCUGCUGCCCCCGGGAUUCAAGUCACCGAAGGUACAUCCAGCCUCCACUUCAACCUCCACCUCCACUACAACAAAUAAGCCCAAGGCGGUGGCGUCAAGCACCACUGAAGCGCCAGCAAGCGAAGGAAGCGGCCUAAAGGUAGUCUUCCCAAAAGGCUUUCAUAAGCGUCUCGGAUCCCAUCGCCUGACCAUGCCGCACCCCGGAAAUGAUGGCCAGGCUGAUGCAGUCACGCCCUCAUCCGACGGAACCCCGCCGGUGGUCAUCAAAAAGGGUCCACCCACGCGAGCCACCACGGAGUUCACCGGCUGGCCCACACCGCCCACCACCCCGCUGUCCAUCGAGAAGCUGAAUGCCCAGACAAUCAACUUUGAGGAUCUGCUAACGCCCAGCGCGAGCAGCAGCACCACCAACACCAGCACAUCGACAACGAGCACCACGACAACGACAACACCGCGGCCGAAAAAGCCGGGACACUGCACGGCCGACUGUGAUCUGGCGGCCACCAUCAAGAUCAUCGACGGCGUGGCCUGGAAACCCGAGCUCCUGGAUCACAACACGCUCGAGUGGAAGAAUCUGGCCCACGAGCUGGAGGCUCAACUAAAUGAAGUGUACUCCAGCGCCGAUCAGCUGAACAAGUGGUACAAGAAGGUGCGCAUCGAUAGCUUCAGCAAGGGCAGUGUGCUGGUCGACUACUACGUGGAGCUGGCCAACAUAACGGAGGACGUGGACACGCAGGAGAUCCGGAAGCUGUUCCACGAUGCGCUAACCAAACCUGUGGCACCUGCGCUGCCCGACAAAGAUGCCGAGGAGAAUGAGACGGACAGCGUGUCCGGGCCGCGGGAGGAGCAACUAGUCACGGCCAGCUAUCAGAUGGGCAAAUACAUCAUUGAUCCGGUGGCCACCGAUUUUAGUGUCAUAGCCAUGAACCUGAACACAAAUGUGGAGUUUGCAGAGGAGGAUCUGCUCAUUCCCCAAUGGGCCACAGUCGUGAUUGUGAUUGGAGUUGGUUCCCUGGUCUUUGUCAUCAUCUUUGGCGUCACAGUGCUGCUCAAUCGUCAGAAGAGGGCCAAGAAGACGCCGAUUCCCUUGACCAAUGACAUUCUGAACGAACUGAAGGUCAACCACAUGGGUGGUGCGGACAACUACGGUGUGGAUGACUUCUACAACAUUGAUGAUCCCUGGAACGAUAGCAAGCAGCCGAUAAAGCCGAAACGCUUUACCAAUUCGAUGCACGGCAGUAAUAGCUCCAACAUCUACGACAGCUGGCGCUCCACCCGUCAUCCGCACAGCAAUGCCGACUAUUUCUAUGCCCAGCAGCCGACGUACUCGCAGAAGGGUGACUCCCUGAAGUGGCCGCAUCAUGGCCACCAGUAUCCCACCCAUACCCAUCAGCAGCAACAGCACCAGCAGCAUCCGCAGCAGCAUCAGCAGGCAUAUGGCCACCAAUAUCCGGAUGCCUUUGCCGAUGCCCACCAGAUGUACAGCUAUAACAAUCAUGCGAGUCGGACGCGCUAUUCGCGCGACUACGACCCCGAUUUCUAGUUAAGCCACUGCUGCAUCCGCAGCAGCAUCAGCAGGCAUAUGGCCACCAAUAUCCGGAUGCCUUUGCCGAUGCCCACCAGAUGUACAGCUAUAACAAUCAUGCGAGUCGGACGCGCUAUUCGCGCGACUACGACCCCGAUUUCUAGUUAAGCCACCGACUACACUACACUACACUACACUGCCCAUCCACGCACUAGCUUUAGUAACUUGCGAACGAUUUUGUGUUGUGUUGGGUUGUAACUUAAUAGCCUAAAGUAUCAUAGUACUUACAUAUAAUGCUGCUACUACAUACUCGUAUUUAUCGUACAGUACUGCAGUACAGGCUGCUGGCUUGGCUCAAAAGUCGUCCCGGUUUUCUGUACCCACAGCCAGAGGUACGGUAUUCUAAAUGGAGCUGCUAUAUCUGGAUGCGAUGUAAUGCGAUAAAGCUAUUUUAGAUGAUACAGAACAGAACUUGGGGUCGUAUCCCCGGAAAAUAAAUAGUCAUGCACUCUUA